AUGAGCACUCAACCAAACUCUGUCUUUAUUAGUGAUAUUCCUGACAAUUCUAAACAAACUCAAAACAAUCUUCUUUUUAUUCUAGAUAGAUAUGCCCCUGGUUAUAUAUCAAAUUCACUGAGAUUUAAGUUCUCUAAAAAGUCAAACAGGUUUAUUGCGUUUAUAGACUUUGAUUCAUAUGAAAAUGCUGUUGCAUUGACAAAACAAACCCUUGCUAUUCAAAUUCAAAAUAAUGUUCCUUAUAAUUUCUCAUUGAUGAAGUACAAACAAUCUAUAUCUUAUGGAGCCUAUGAGAAUAAUGUUUUAUAUGCCAAUCACAUCUCUGUUGAUGAAAAACAAGCCAUCAACUGUUUUCAUACACUUUAUCACCCAACAAAAAUAGUUUGCAAACCAACUGCUUCUGAUCUAUCUUCAUGGUACAUACUCUCUACAUACCAAACAAUAGAACAAGCAAAAGAAACUAAAGACUAUUUGAAUGAACGUAAGGCAUUGGGGCCAAUGUCUUCUGUUUAUUUUUCAUACACCAAUUCUAAAACACCUCAAACCCAAACACCUCAAGAAAAUUCACAGAAAGCGUCAUCACCUAUUCAACCUCCGAAAAGAAAAGUCUUACAAAUUCUACCACUUACUCCAGUAAAAUCCUUAAAAGAGAAAAAAAGAAGAGAUAAACUUUCGUCCCCUAAAUCCAGACAACAACCAAGUCAACAGAAUGAAAUAGAACCAUUACCAAGAAUCACUAUUGAAGGUCUUUCCGAAGACGAUAUUAAAACUAUACGUAAUAAUCUAAUGAAAAUAAAAAAUGAAAAGAAAUUAGAAGAUUAUAUUAUAAGAGUGUUAAAUGAAAAGAUUAGAACUAAUGUUUGUGAAUUAUGUCAAGAACGUAAAACAUUAACAAACCUUUAUCAAUUCUGUCCUUGUAAACAUGUAUUUUGUCUAGAUUGUUUAGCUCCAAAUUUAAAUGAAUCAAUUAAAGACAACCAAAUAAUGAGAUGUCUUCAUAAUAAAUGUCAAUCUGAAAUAGAACUUAAUGAAAUAAAAAGGAUUGACUUAGGGCUAUAUCAAAAAUAUGACAAUAUGUUGUUAAGUAUGUAUGUUGAACAACAUAAAGAUAUUGUUCAUUGUCCAAAUCCAUAUUGUCAAGGAUAUAUUUACGUAAAUACAACAACAUCAAGUAUGAUGAACUGUGAAUUAUGUGGUUAUAAAUAUAUUAUAGGAAGAUAA